CAGAAGACAUCUCUUUCUUCCUCUUGCUGUCCCAAAAAAAAAAGAAGAAGAAGAAAACUCACAGAAAACAUUAAUAAUUAUUUGAUCUAGGGUUUCUCUCUCGUGCAGAUCGAAAAACCCUUUGAAUAAACCCUAGAUCCUAUUUAUAUCCAGUCUAUGGCCUCCGAUCACUUCGAUUUCUUCGAGAUCUACGCUAGAUUCUGCGAUAUCGCUUCCAGAAGUGACCAUACAAGCUCAAAGGAUCUGUUGAACAUGCUAUCAAGAUCAUUGGAAUCUCGAGGAAAUAUGCGGGAUGCUAUUUUUGAUGAUCUUUCCAAACUCAUGUCAUGCCUGCGUUUGUCUGUGGCAAUUAUCAUUUUGCAGGUAGAUUCUCGUCAAUUUAAUUGCUUUUAUGAUUUCGUGUUCUUUGUGUGUCGUGAAAAUGGGCAAAAGAACAUCACUGUAAGCAAGGCCAUUUCUGCAUGGAGACUAGUUUUGACCGGAAGAUUUCGGUUGCUUAACCAAUGGUGUAAUUUUGUUGAGAAACACCAAAAGCAUAAUAUAUCUGAGGACACAUGGCAGCAACUCCUGGCUUUUAGUCGAAGUGUAAAUGAAGAUCUUGAAGGAUAUGAUCCGAAAGGUGCUUGGCCAAUUCUCAUUGAUGAUUUUGUUGAACAUAUGUACAGAAUAAAUCAGUCCAGUAAUUGUAGCGCUCAGGAAUUCUGUUGCAGCUGCACAGACAUGGAAACACCUGGCAUAACCAAUAUUCUUAGUGGAUUGAACUUACUUCCCGGCUCGAAAAGGAAACUUACUAUGGAAACUGAAGGCAAAUGUGACGCAACACCUAUGUUCUGUGAGAAUUAUUCAAAUUUAGAUCAUAAAUACAAGCGAGCAAAGCAGAUGGAUUCUGAUAUGUGUACUGUUGAUGGCACAAUAAAUUCUCAAAGUGAUGUAAGCGGACAUAAUUUACUUGGCUCCCUUCAGACUUCACCAUCAGCUUGUGCGGUAGAAGGUUGCCUAUCUAAAGGCUUUCAAGGUCGCCUUUCGCUUGCAUAUUUAAGAUCACGGGAAAAUUACGUAAUUUCUUACCGAAAUCCCAUCGAGCCUGAACAAGAGCAAUCCUAGAGUUGUG